AUGAAAACAAAUCGCAGAAUAAUUUGCAUCAAGGUGGUGAGAGAUCCCCUGUUCGAGUUAAUGAUCACCCUUUGUAUCGUCUUGAACACCGGCUUUCUGGCAAUGGAACAUCAUGGCAUGAGCGAGUCGAUACGGCAAGCGCUCAACAUCGGCAAUAAGGUGUUCACCAGUAUCUUCACGUUCGAAUGCUUCCUGAAGCUUUUGGCAUUGAGUAAGGAUUUUUUCAACAAUGGCUGGAACAACUUCGACUUGAUUAUCGUUUCUGCGUCGCUUAUCGAUUUAACAUUCGAAUUGGUAGAUGGCUUGUCAGUAAUACGCGGUCUCAGACUAUUACGUGUUUUAAAACUCGCGCAAUCUUGGACGACCAUGAAGGUUCUCCUCAGCAUCAUCAUUUCAACAAUAGGUGCGCUCGGUAAUUUAACUUUCGUGUUGGUGAUUGUGAUCUAUAUAUUCGCUGUAAUCGGCAUGCAGCUGUUUAGCAAAGACUACACCUUAGACAAGUUCUAUCCAGAUCCGGUGCCGCGAUGGAAUUUUAAUGAUUUCUUUCAUUCGUUCAUGAUGAUAUUCCGCAUUCUGUGCGGCGAAUGGAUCGAGCCAUUAUGGGACUGCAUGCGUGCGGAAAGGGAUGACGGACCGGGUACGUGUUUUGCGAUUUUCCUGCCGGCUCUAGUGAUGGGCAACUUUAUGGUCCUUAACCUCUUCUUGGCGUUGUUGCUCAACAGCUUUAAUUCCGAAGAGUUAAAACAAAAAAAGGAGGAAGUCGGCGAAGAAUCGAAGCUCGCGCGUUCGUUCGAUCGCAUACGAUCGAUUGUGCGUAAACAGAAGCAUCGAAAGGAGAAUUCGGAAAACGAGAAGAAUAUCCGGCUAGAGCAGAUCGUGCGCGAGGUGAUGGACAAGUCUGACAAAGAGAAGUAUGCAAUUCAGGAAACCGUACUGAGCCUUCCUAAAGACAAUAUUUAUAAUAGAUCAUAUCAAGAGAGUCUCAAUCAGCCUGUCUUCACUUACGAUUCGAUCUAUCGUCAAGCCACCCUCACCACCUACAGUCAAAGCAAUCAGAAGACAGCCAAAGAAAGUAAGAAGGGCAACAACAAUGAGAUCAAUCCCGAGGAGAGCAUAGAGUUGGAGGCGCUUAAGGACGUCAAUCCGGACGAGGAAGUAGCCAUGCUGCCGGAGGAAAAGCCAGUUAUUCGAAAUGAUGAAAAUGUAGGAAAACGUCCAUGGCACGCCCUCGUGAGUUAUGUGGACGAGCUCACAGUCGGAGGUAGAAGAGAUAGUAAAGGAAGAUACAUCGACGGAAUGGGUUCAUUUCCCGGGUUCGGCAGAAAUAAGAAGAAUAAAGAGCCGUUUGAUUGCUUUCCCCAGCACUUCUAUCAAAAGUAA